AUGGAUUCAAACUGUGGUGCGCAUGCAAACUUUUUAAGUGAAAGUAAUAUCAGUCUUACUUCACAACCAAUCGAUAUGCAAAUUUUGAAGCCACUAAAUCGAGCACAAACUGACUGCUCGCUCACUUUAAUUUCUGUCGUGGCAGCGAGCGGUUUGUUCCGGAAGAUGAGCUCUAAGGACGAAUUUAGUCAAAACGAUAAAGAUAUACAAGGAGUCAGAGCGAUUACACCACGUCGCGUCCGGGAAGAAGACCCCCUUACAUUGCAGGUGACGGUAAAGGAUUACUAUCUUCUCCGUUUUCUGCGAUCCGCCCCACCUCGUCAACGUCGUUCUCACUUUGUCUGCCCUUUUCCGGGCGAGCCGCACUUUACCGAUGACGCGGUUGAGGUGAAAGGAGGGAUAAUGUGGAGCGGGCAUGUGGUGCCAAGUUUAGUUGGUUGCUCGCGCGUGUUAAGUCACGAGAACGGUAGAAACUCAAUGCCGACCGGAAAGAAACAAGACAAGCACGAUAAUUAUAAGAAGCUUCCAAACAAGUGGGAGGAUCGCUUAUCGAAUAAUGGAGAGGAGGACGAUGGUGAUAUCACUGACCCGGAGUUGAUUGCUGAAAAGGAAUAUGCUCUGGAGCAUGGUACUGAAUUCGACAUGAAUUUCAUUGGUAGGGGAGGCCUUUCAAUGGCAGCUGGCGAUGGGGGAGGCCUUUCAGUGGCAGCUGGCGGUGGGGCUGGACCAAGAUCUUUCAAUAAGGAGAAGAAAGACGCACUGAUUUCUGCUAGAAUUAAACAGGCGAAAGCGGAUCGCAAAGCCCGUGGAAGAGGUGUUUCUGGAAGCAUGUGUAAGAAGAACAAAGAUAUUGCAUAUGGUGGUUUCCACACGCUCAUGGAUAUGGACGUGUAUUAUGGAUUAGAUGAUGAAUACGACACCCAUAUGUCAGAUGCCGAGGAGCCUUUUGCUGACCGCGAAGACGAUUAUGAGGAUGAUGCUUGCGAGGGAAAGGUGAAAGCAGACCAGUCAAACGUUGAUCUUAUCAAUGAGGAUAUGAAUCAGAUGUCUUUGAAUGAUGACGAUGAGCAAGAGGAUGAUGACCGUCCAGGACCAAGUCGAUCAUAUCAUGGAACAAACGAUGAUGGGAAACCGAAGCGCCUCUACCGCAUAUGUAUCACUGAUGUGAUGGGACGAGGGUUUUCGUAUUUUGGGCGUUUCAAUUUUACGGGCCAGACAUUUCUUACCACAUGCAACAAUGUGUACCCUAGCCUAAAAUGGUUGGUAGGAUGGAGGCUCGGACCAACUGUAGGGCUUACAAAUAGUCUGCCGAGAAGAAAGUCCUUGGAGGCUAAAUCUUUCCGUACAUCAAUACAUAAUACAAUCAAGAAGCGGAUUUGUGUGUUGGGUUAUAACACUAUGUGCAUUCAAGCAUAUGAUUACGUUGGAGGAAAAUAUGAGCUUUUUUCCGCUGUUUUACGCUGUCGGCUUGGUUGUGUGCAGCGCCUGGAUGAAGGUGGUUCUGCACGUGGAGGAAAUCGUGGUAAGCUUUCGACGCGAGGAAGUAGGCAUGGUGGAAUGUCACCAAAAAGAGAUCACUUUGAUUUGUCUAACCGCGCUCGCGGUUCUGGAAAAGGUAGAGGUGGUGGUCGUGGUGGGAGAGGAAACUGGGGUGGUUUUGGUGGAAGGGGUAGUUGGAGUGGUUGCGGAAGAGGUGAGCGGAACAAAAGUGGUCAAGGACAGAGGGAGUUUUCUGCGAGUAACGGAGGUGUUAUGGAUUUCAAAAAGCGAAUGAGUUUUGAUGUCGACAACAGAUUUGAUCGAAAAUCAGCAGACGGAAAGAAGAAUGAAAACAAAUACAAAAAAUCAAUGUCGGAACCAUCAACUCCAGCAACUGUGAAAUUUAAGAAAUAUGAAAUGGACAGCGAACAUGACGAAAAUGAGGAAAUGAGCAUCUCAGAUAUGGAAAAUGAAGAAAUAACCAUAGGAGCACCGGAAAAAAUUGCUGCUGAUAUAACAUCGAAACAGGGAAAAACACUCACAUCAAAAAAUGGCUCAAAAUUUGCCCAGAUAAUGAGUGCUAAAGCUCUACCAAAAAAGAAGGAUGCGCUUAAACGAGAAAAAGAUAAAGAAGAAGAUAAAGAACUCAUAACAAAUCGGAAGAUUAAGAAGGCCAGAAUGACCAAUAUUGAAAGCGAGGAAGACGAUGAAGAAGAAAGUGAUGAUGAUGAUAAUGAUGAUGAUGAUAAGAGCAGUGACGAAGGUGCUGAAGGAAAAGUUGCUAAGAAUGUAAAUGGCAUUGCUGAAAUGAGUGAAUCAAACGAAGAUGAAGAUGAAGAAAGUUUGGAAGACGAAGAUGAAGAGGAAACACCUUCUGAAAUAAAACCAACACUUGCUGCUACUCCUGGCAAUACAGUGCAUUUGAAGAGUGCACUCAAAACUCCUGGUACUGGGAAAUCGAAUAAGAAGGUUUCACUUUCAGCCACAACUACAGCUACUCCAGAAAUGUUGUUAAGGAAUAAAACCCCAGUUACACCUCAUCCUCAAAUAAUGUCGAACAAAAGUAAGAUGAAGCGGUUGAAAUUCGAAGAAUCUGAUGAAAGCGAUGAGGAUGAAGAGAAUGAUGAUGAGGAGGAUGAAGCGAAAUUGAAGAUGAACGAUGGGACAAUGAAGAUGGUGGGGAAUGACGAUUCAGAGGAUGAAGAUGAAGACGAAGACGAAGACGAAGAAGUAACGGAUGACGAUGAAAUAGAAAGCGAUAAAGGCGAAAGACCAGAUAAUACAAAGAGGGCGAUGAUAGAUGUCAAGACAGAACUUGCAAAAGUAAAGCGGGAAGGACCCGUGGAAGCAAUCCAAAACAAAAAGGAGAGGAUUAAUUUGAAGGAGCUGCAUAAUAAAAAUGAUAAAGGAAUUAAGGACAAGAAACAAACAAACAGAAUCUCCAAUACGGAAGAGACGAAAGGAGUAAAAAGGAAAUGGGAAAGUGGACUAGUGCUAAAACUGGAGGAUGCAGAAGACGUGGUCAAAGAAGAACAAAAACGGCGAGAAGAGCGAGACAAGAAAUCAUUAUUCGUGCGAGGAUUACCGAAAGAUAUAAAAUUAGGACAGUUGAAGGCGCUUCAUGAUGACAUUCUCUAUGUACGUCAUAUGCCGCAUCGCAACUUUGCAUGGUUAAUAUUCGCAAGUGAAAAGCUUUGUGAAAAAGCUUACGAAGAUAUAUCAAAACAAACAGUGGAAGGUCGAACACUAACUGUCGAUUAUUGUGGAGCAAAGGCAAAAACGCGCCCUCAAAAGGAUAGGAGUCAAUUACCCAUCAAUCCUCUUGAGCUAUUUGUUGGCGGUUUACCACCGUCAACAUCGAAAGAUCAGAUGAAAGUCAUAUUUCGACAAGCAACCAAUAUCAGUUUCCCGAAGCAAGCUAGAAAUAAAAACAAAUUGUACUGCUUUGUACAGUUUGGUAAUGAAAAGGAAGCCAGAGCAGCUUUCGAAAAAGGGAAAACGCUAAAGAUUAGCGGUGUACCGGUUGAUGUCCUGUAUGCUCGGAUACGCCAAGGAAUAACAAAUGAGGCAAAGCUGUCGAAAGCGAACCAGGAUUCUAAUUUGUCAAAUGGCAAUGUAACAAAAUUGGAAACAAAAAAUUUGCCAAAGGCAAAUGAAGUAAAUGGCGAUACGACUAGCGAAGGAGUUGAAUCCUCGGAAGAAGGCAUUGAGGAAAUGGACAAUUCAGUUUCAAAGCCUAAAAAGGCGAAAUUGGCCAGAGCAGAGGAUCCUAAAAUACGGACUGCUGAAUUAUUUAAGCAGAAAAAAGCCGAAACAAAGUGUACAACAGUAACUAAAAAACCGAAGUUGAAAGCUACCAGUGGAACAAUAUUGUCUGGGCAAAGCAAGGUUAAUUUAGACAGCGACAAAUUGGCUGCUGAUAAAGAUGAGAAGAAUAAUAUUGAUGAUAACGAUAAUGUUGAUGAUGAUGAUGUUGAUAAUGAUGAUGUUGAUGAUGAUGAUGAUGAUGAUGAUGAUGAUGAUGAUGAGGAGGAGGAGGAGGACGACGAUGAGGACGAAGAGGAUGAGGAAGAGGAAGAUGAUGAAGAGAAUGGGAAUAUGGAAGAUAGUGACGGAAGCAAUUGA